AUGAAUGUGCCGCCGAGGAAGACCUACAUCUUACAGGCCACCAUAAGGGUCGACCAGUGGCCAAACCCGGUGGUCUAUAGGUCGGCACCGACCAACGCAAGCCACCCGGCGCACGCGCGGACGAACAAGCUACUGCCAACCUCGUGGACCACCACACUCUUCACACACGACCAACUCGACGCCUACUUUGAAAACCACCACAACCAAAGGCUCCGAAAGUGCUACGCCUCGCUCAGGCCGUGGGCGUACCGCGCCGACCUCUUCCGCCUCGCCAUACUGCACGACCGCGGAGGAAUCUGGAUGGACUUCACGACCGAGCUGCUCCGACCGCUAGACGUGCUGCUGCCCUCCGGCGCGAGCCUCGGCCUCGUGCGCGAGCGGCCUGGCUUUGGGAUGGACUACGGCGUCUUCAACGCCUUCCUGGCGGUACGAGAGCCGCGCCACCCAUUCUUCGCCGCCGCGCUGGAAAGAAGCGUCACCGUCUGCCUCGCGCGGGACUACGGCUCGACACCGUGGUCUAUCACGGGGCCCGAGCUGCUUGGGCGCGUGGCGCGUGACGCGCCGCGGCUUGUGCGCGAUGUGACCUGGCUACGGCACGCUCCCGAGGGCGGCGCCAUUGAGACGACCGGCGAGCGCGGCCACAAGCGCGUCGCCAUCACCAAGCACUCUGACAUUCGGCGCUUCAUCCCGCUCUCGAAUGCGUACAUUGGCAUGUGGAAGUCGCGCACCGUCUUCCGGCACUCCAAGCCUGAUCCUGCGGUGAGCACUGGAGGGCUAUGCGGCUCGCUCCGACUUGCGCUGUCGAGCGGUCGAGCGCUUCGGGUUGGACCCGCGGGGGGGCCCGAGCUGCUUGGGCGCGUGGCGCGUGACGCGCCGCGGCUUGUGCGCGAUGUGACCUGGCUACGGCACGCUCCCGAGGGCGGCGCCAUUGAGACGACCGGCGAGCGCGGCCACAAGCGCGUCGCCAUCACCAAGCACUCUGACAUUCGGCGCUUCAUCCCGCUCUCGAAUGCGUACAUUGGCAUGUGGAAGUCGCGCACCGUCUUCCGGCACUCCAAGUCCAAGGGGGGGCUCGGGAUACGGAGUUGA